ACUAAAUAAGCUCAUUAUUCAUUACACUUCAACAAGUUUCUCAUUUCUCUUUUGUCUUUCUUCUAUUUGUCUUUCAUUCCUUUGAAUAUUCUCUUCUUUACUCUUCUAUUUAGAGACGGAACAAUAACAAUCUUACAAAAAGUAAGAAAGCAGUUCUUUAUCUGAUACUCUCUAAGAUACACCAGCAAAAGCAGAUCUCUAAUUAUCAGCAUAUUAAAAGAUGAAGAAAGUAAUUCUGAAAUUGGAGUAUUUCGACGAGAAAAUCAAACAAAAAGCCAUGAAGAAAGUGUCUGGUCUUGAAGGAGUGGAAUCAAUUUCAAUAGAUUCAAAAGAGAAGAAAUUAACAAUAACAGGGAACAUAGAUCCAGUUUCACUAGUUUCAAAAUUGAGGAAGCUCUGUCACACUGAUAUCGUCUCAGUUGGACCAGCAAAAGAGCCUGAGAAAAAGAAGGACGACGGUGCCAAAAAAGAUGGAGGGGCUAAAAAGGAUGACGGCAAAAAAGAUGAUGGGGCUAAAAAAGGGGAUGAUAAAAAGGGAGGAGGAGGAGCCGAUAAGACGAAAGAAGAAGCUCUUCCAGUAAUGAAAGCUUUUCCAGCUCCUAUAUUUUAUCACUAUAAUCAGCAUCCUUAUCAACAUUAUCAAACCCCUGUUCCUGCUUAUUAUCACCAACGAAGCGUUGAAGAAGAUCCAAAUUCUUGUGUCAUCUGUUGAACUGAUAUUCAUGAUGAAUUUGAUUCAUAUCAUGUUAUCACUGUUACUCUAAUAUAUAUUUCCUGUGAGUUUUGUGACUUUUUAAGAACAAAAAAAAUAGCUUUGUACAAAUUUAUGUUUUCUUUUUACCCGUGAUCACAAUUUUUGUUCGAUUAAAUUAAACUGUUUAUUAUAUCAUCUCUUUAUUGAUGUA